CUCUCGGUGUAUCUCUCGGCUGCUCCUCCUUUCCUGAUUCCUCCCGGGCGAGAGGAGGGAAACCACAGAGAACAAAUUAUUGUGCAAGUUCUGCUGCCUGGCUGGAGGCGCGUUGCUUUCCCCCUCCCCUCGCCCUCCCCAUCCUUACUACUUUCUUUCUUCCACGCUCACCCCCUCCCUUAAUUUUUUUUUUUGGCUUGUCAUUUAAUUACUUUUUUUUUUUUUACGAGGGGUGGAAGUGGUAGAGGGGGAGGGGGAUUUCCUGUCUCUUUUGCUCUGUUCACUUGGGACUAGCGGAUGCGAGUCACACACGCUCACUCCCUCAACUCUCUCUCGCUCUCUCCCUGUGGAAGUUAGCGCGCGGGCGGGGGGGGGAGACAUUAGAUCACUUCAGCCGCCGCGAGAAGGAGGGGAGUGCUGCCUGCGUGUGUGUGAAGCGCGCGUGUGCUAAGCAGAGAACGAAGGAGAGCGUCGAGAGCCGGGCACACAGCUUCCUCCCACCUCCUUGCCAAAGUGGAGCCGCUAGACUUUUUUUCCCCCUCAGCCCUCCGCCUUGCACCUGUUUGAGUCGCUUGUGAAUCCAGCUCGAGCCAAAGCUCUCCAGUGAGGGAGAAAGUUUUGCCGCCUGAGGAGAUUCCCGCGCCCGCGCUUUCCUUCUUUCGCUCUGGGCAUAUUCUUCUCCUUGUUGUUGUUUUUAUUAUUACCAUUAUUAUUAUUGGUGUUCCCCCGCCUUGCCUCAUCUUUGAUCGUCGUUGUGAACUCUUUUGUAUUUUUUCUUCUCAACGCCUCGUUUUCCGCCCGGACUCGCCCUCGUGGUUUAUUCUUUUUCGCCCCUCUCUCGCACUCUCCACACGCACUCUUCUCUCGCUCUAUGUUUUGACGCUGUGGAGCCUGGUGGCCCCCGGAAAACUGCGCGAAUGUAUAGCAUGAUGAUGGAGACGGACAUGCACUCCCCCGGUGGAGCCCAGGUCGCCACCAACCUGGCGGGCCAAACCGGAGCGGGGGGAGGAGGCGGAGGAGGCGGCGGCGGAGGCGGCGGGGGACCCAAGGCCAACCAAGACCGGGUCAAGAGGCCCAUGAACGCCUUCAUGGUUUGGUCGCGGGGCCAGCGGCGGAAGAUGGCCCAGGAGAACCCCAAGAUGCACAACUCGGAGAUCUCCAAGCGCCUGGGCGCGGAGUGGAAAGUCAUGUCCGAAGCCGAGAAGAGACCCUUCAUCGACGAGGCCAAGCGACUGCGGGCGCUGCACAUGAAGGAGCACCCGGAUUAUAAAUACCGGCCCAGGAGGAAGACCAAGACGUUGCUCAAGAAAGACAAGUACUCGCUGGCCGGCGGGCUGCUGGGCGCCGGCGGCCCCGGGGGCGGCCCUCCGGUGGCCAUGGGCGUGGGAGUGGGCCCUGCCGGCGUCGGCCAACGCUUGGAGAGCCCGGGUGGCGGCCCUGGCGGUGGCGGGAGCGGUGGCGGGGGCAGCGGAGGCGCAGGCGGGGGCUAUCCGCACAUGAACGGCUGGGCCAACGGCGCCUACCCAGGGUCGGUGGCGGCGGCGGCGGCGGCAGCGGCGAUGAUGCAGGAGGCUCAGCUCGCCUACAGCCAGCACCCGGGCAGCGGAGCGCACCCACAUGCCCACGCGCACCACCCGCACCCGCACAACCCGCAGCCCAUGCAUCGCUACGACAUGGGCGCCCUCCAGUACAGCCCCAUCUCCAACUCGCAGGGCUACAUGAGCGCCUCGCCGUCGGCCUACGGCGGCAUCUCCUACGGCGCCCAGCCCCACCAGAACUCGGCUGCAGCUGCGGCGGCUGCGGCUGCGGCUGCGGCGGCCGCCUCGUCGGGGGCGCUGGGGGCGCUCGGCUCCCUGGUCAAAUCCGAGCCAAGCGUGAGCCCGCCGGUCACCUCGGCGCACUCGCGGGCCCCUUGUCCUGGGGAUCUGCGCGAGAUGAUCAGUAUGUACUUGCCCGGCGGCGAAGGAGGGGACCCGGCGGCGGCGGCAGCUGCUGCGGCGGCUGCGGCCGCUGCCCAAAGCCGCCUGCACUCCUUGCCCCAGCACUAUCAGGGCGCCAGCACGGGGGUCAACGGCACCGUGCCCUUGACGCACAUCUGAGACAGACGGACCGGCCGACACCGAGGGACUGUCGCGACCAUCCAAAGGGGAUCGCUUUCCUUGGAGCCUGCUGCCCCACUACUUUGUCCGUUUCCCCAGCCCCCACAUCCCGCGCCCCUUUCUUUUGUACAGAACAAAACAGCAACAAAGGGAGGGAGAGAGAGAGAAAUGUUUGGAUGACCUUGUAAUAAUAAGUAUAAUAACGAAUAUUCAUAAUACUGAAGAUAAUGAAGAGAGAAGGUAACAGAUUGCUCUAACGAUACCCCCACCCCGCUCUCACCCCUGAGGACUAGUUUCUGAAACUAGUGGGAUUUUUUUCUUUUCUUCUGUUGUUGCGUUUUAGAGGGAUCGUCUCUGUUCUUACUGAGGUUCUCUCUCUCUCUCUCUCUUUUUUUUGUACAGUAUUUAUCGUUCACCCAGGAGGCACCUAGAGUUUUAUUUGUUAAAGAAGGGGGGGGAAGGACAAAAGAGAGAGAGAGAAAUGACUAUAAUUAUUAAUUAUACAAAGAUCUAGGCGAUGCCAACUUUUCUGUCACACAGAAGCAUUAACUGGUCACCCUUUGGGCCGCUUCUUGUGAAGACUUUUUUUGCCUAAUGAAAAACAAAGAUGACGUGGCAACCGUUCUCAUUUAUUAUACACGUACCAAGGAUGCAAAUCCAAAACCACGCUUAAACUUUUUUUGGUAGUGCUUAUGACGCGGGUUUUGUUUUGUUUGUUUAUUUAUAAAACUUUUUUGCGACCAGCAACAAUAUUCUGGAUUUUGUAAAUGUUCAUGUCUGCAUUUUUUUCUUUUGUUAACUUUUUGUAUUUUUUUCUUGUAAAUGCAUUGUGGAAUAACUUUAAUUAAUUUUAGGCGUUACAAGGGAAUUCCGAAAUGUGUAUAUAGUUUACUAAAAAACAUUUCCACUAGAAAGGAAAACAAAUAAAAAUCUUAAAAUGCAUUCUAUUCUGAGUUAAAUCAAUUUCAAAGUGAAACUGGAAUCAGUAAAUCCAAAAUGUACUAAUUCAUGGCAUGCCUUAAAACUAGAGAUUGGAAAUUGAUUUUAUGUAUAAAUAUUACGUGAAACAUAAUACUACAACAACAAUCCCGGCUUGGGUUUAGACUUCUCACAGUUUCUAUUAAAAAACAAAAACCGAAGGGAAGAAAGGUUUUUUUAAAAGAAAUAUGGUGUAGUUUUUGGAUAUUAUUUUAAUAUCUGUUGAGUAUUGUUAAGGAAGGCGACCUAUUAAAAUACUUUCCAUAGCA